AUGAAUCAAAGACAUUAUUGCGCUAAAGUUAGGUCGUUGCCCGGAAGCAACGCGCCGUAUGGCUUGAGUACGGUGUCAAAGCAAGAGCCGCUGCAUCGGUUCCCGGAUGUAGUGUUAAAUGAGCAAGGCGCCACCCAACGCCACCGCACCACCACCCAAACGCCGCCUCCACGCCGGACGCCGCCGCCGCAACCCCCUCCCCUCCCUUCUUCUCCCUUCUUCCUCUAUCCUCCCCUCUCCACCACUGUCCUCCGCGACCACCGCCCCCCACCGCCGGCCACCCAGCCGCGCCCCCCUCUCCGCCACCCACCCGCAGCCCCCCUUCUUCUAUCACUAACCCUAAACCCUCUCCGCCACUGCCCCCCUUCAGCCGCCACCGCGACGCCGUGCCCUGCCACCGCGCCGAACGCCGCCGCAGCCACCUUCUUCCCUGUUUUACCCCUCCCGCCUACCAGGAUGUCUGCCUCACAAAGGAAAGGUAAAGGCAAGGCUACUGGCAAGCGCAAGCGAGGCGUUUCCUCCCAGUCCAUCAUUGCUCUAAUGCACGAUUCUUCAUGGCGGGAGAAGAACUUCACACAGCAGGAGAAAGCUGACCAGCUGCUUCCUGCAAAUGAUCCAUUAAAAUUUGCGAACCGGUACUGUGAACUGAAGUACCCAACUUUUGCAAACUCCAGAAAUCUAUACCUGGAAUGA